CUUGCUCCCCCUGCCUCUAGCCCCCUCUAGCUCUUUUGGGCGCAGCCCCCCCUCCUCUCUCCAGCUGGUGGCAGGGGCAGCACUGCCUCCCAGACCUUGAGGACCUGCUCAGUCAGCUGGGGCCCCCUGUGGACGGCUGCCUACCUCACUGCUAGGACCUGCCACACAGCUCGGAAUGGCAGCGGCAGCAGCAUCCCCGCCAGCGGCGGUGGAGGCCACCACUGCCGCUAUUGUUCCUGGGUAUUAGACUCGCUUUCCCUCCUUUGCAUCCGAAGGAAACAAUAGCAGAGGGGAGCGUUGCUUUUUGUACUCUUUGGGAAGACAUUCUGAGGGCGAAGAAAAACUCCCUGCCUACCUCCUUGGGAUCUGGACCCUGGAGCUGCUCCCGGCAGCAUGGGGCUGCGAGCAAGGCGCUCUGCACCCGGGAGCCAGGGCAUCGCGGGCCAGCACCCGAGCGUCUUGCAGCAGUUGCUGCUGCCCCCGCUGCUGCUGCUGCUGCCGUGCCUGGGUGCCUGCGGGGCUGCAGCACAGGGCGAGGUAGAGGCGCCCACCCUCUAUCUGUGGAAGACUGGUCCAUGGGGCCGAUGCAUGGGAGAUGAAUGUGGUCCAGGAGGAAUUCAGACCCGGGCUGUGUGGUGUGCUCAUGUGGAAGGAUGGACAACAUUACAUACAAAUUGUAAGCAGGCUGAGAGACCCAAUAACCAGCAAAAUUGUUUCAAAGUUUGUGACUGGCAUAAAGAAUUAUAUGACUGGAGGCUAGGACCAUGGAAUCAGUGUCAGCCAGUGAUGUCCAGAAGCCUAGAGAAACCCCUUGAGUGCAUUAAGGGUGAAGAAGGCAUUCAGGUGAGAGAGAUAACCUGUAUCCAGAAAGAAAAUGACAUUCCUGCGGAGGAUAUCAUUUGUGAAUACUUUGAACCCAAGCCUCUUCUGGAACAAGCCUGCCUCAUCCCCUGCCAACAAGAUUGCAUUGUGUCUGAGUUUUCCGCGUGGUCAGAAUGCUCCAAGACUUGUGGCAGCGGGCUCCAGCACCGGACGCGGCAUGUAGUGGCACCCCCCCAGUUUGGAGGCUCUGGCUGCCCAAAUCUGACAGAGUUUCAGGUGUGUCAGUCUAGUCCAUGUGAAACUGAAGAGAGCAUGUACAGCUUGCAUGUGGGUGCCUGGAGCACGUGUUCCAUGCCCCACUCGAGGCAAGCACGACAAGCAAGGAGACGUGGGAAAAAUAAAGAACGAGAAAAGGACCGAGGGAAAGGAGUGAAGGAUCCAGAGGCCCGUGAACUUAUUAAGAAAAAGAGAAAUAGAAACAGACAGAACCGACAAGAGAACAAAUUUUGGGACAUCCAGAUUGGAUAUCAGACUAGAGAAGUUACAUGCAUCAACAAGACGGGGAAAACUGCUGAUCUCAGCUUUUGCCAGCAAGAGAAGCUGCCAAUGACCUUCCAGUCCUGUGUGUUCACCAAAGAGUGCCAGGUGUCGGAGUGGUCAGAGUGGAGCCCAUGCUCAAAAGCCUGCCAUGAUGCGGUGUCCCCUAAAGGCACUCGCAUAAGGACACGGAUCGUCAGGCAGUUUCCUAUCGGCAGUGAGGAAGAGUGUCCAGAACUUGAGGAAAAAGAACUUUGUGUGUCUCAAGGAGAUGGACUUGCUCCCUGUGCCACAUAUGGCUGGAGAACUACAGAGUGGACUGAGUGCCGCGUGGACCCUUUGCUCAGUCAGCAGGACAAGAGGCGAGGCAACCAGACUGCCCUCUGUGGAGGAGGGGUGCAGACACGAGAGGUGUACUGUGUCCAGACCAAUGAAGAUCUCUCCCACUUAAGCUCCCCCAAGGACAAAGAAGUUUCAAAACCAGUGGACCUGAAAUCAUGCACAGGGCCUGUCCCUAACACUACACAACUGUGCCAGAUUCCCUGCCCUAUUGAAUGUGAGGUUUCGCCUUGGUCAGCCUGGGGACCUUGUACUUAUGAAAACUGUAAUGAUCAGCAAGGCAAAAAAGGUUUCAAAUUGAGGAAGCGUCGCAUCACCAAUGAGCCCACUGGAGGCUCUGGGGGCACGGGGAACUGCCCUCAUUUACUGGAAGCCAUUCCCUGCGAAGAGCCCUCCUGCUAUGACUGGAAAGCAGUGAGGCUCGGAGACUGUGAGCCAGAUAAUGGAAAAGAGUGUGGUCCAGGCACUCAAGUUCAAGAGGUCGUGUGUAUCAACAGUGAUGGUGAAGAAGUUGACAGACAGCUGUGCAGAGAUGCCAUCUUUCCUAUCCCCGUCGCCUGUGAUGUCCCUUGCCCCAAGGACUGUGUCCUCAGCACGUGGUCUACAUGGUCCUCCUGCUCACACACCUGCUCGGGGAAAACCACAGAAGGGAAACAGAUACGUGCACGGUCCAUUCUGGCCUAUCCUGGUGAGGAAGGUGGAUCUCACUGUCCCAACAGCAGUGCUUUGCAAGAGGUGCGCAGCUGUAAUGACCAUCCCUGUACUGUGUACCACUGGCAGACUGGUCCCUGGGGCCAGUGCAUCGAGGACACCUCAGUGUCAGCUUUCAACACAACUACAACUUGGAAUGGGGAGGCCUCUUGCUCUGUCGGCAUGCAGACAAGAAAAGUCAUCUGUGUGCGGGUCAAUGUGGGCCAAGUGGGACCCAAAAAGUGUCCUGAGAGCCUUCGGCCAGAAACUGUGAGGCCCUGUCUGCUUCCUUGUAGAAAGGACUGUAUUGUGACCCCGUAUAGUGACUGGACCUCAUGUCCCUCCUCUUGUAAAAAAGGGGACUUGGGAGUGAAGAAACAGUCUCGGCAUCGGGUCAUCAUCCAGCUGCCAGCCAACGGAGGCCGGGACUGCACAGAUUCCCUCUAUGAAGAGAAGACCUGCGAGGCCCCCCAAGCAUGCCAAAGCUACAGGUGGAAGACUCACAAAUGGCGCAGAUGCCAGUUAGUGCCUUGGAGCGUACAACAGGACAGCCCUGGAGUGCAGGAAGGCUGUGGGCCCGGAAGACAGGCAAGAGCCAUUACUUGUCGAAAGCAAGAUGGAGGGCAGGCCAGCAUCCAUGAAUGCCUCCAGCAUGCAGGCCCUGUGCCAGCCCUCACCCAGGCAUGCCAGAUUCCCUGCCAAGAUGACUGUCAAUUUACCAGCUGGUCUAAGUUUUCUUCAUGCAAUGGAGACUGUGGUGCCAUCAGGACCAGAAAGCGCACUAUUGUUGGAAAAAGUAAAAAGAAGGAAAAAUGUAAGAAUUCUCAUUUGUACCCCCUGAUUGAGACUCAGUAUUGUCCUUGUGACAAAUAUAACUUACAGCCUGUGGGAAACUGGUCAGACUGCAUUUUACCAGAGGGCAAAGUGGAUGUGUUACUGGGAAUGAAAGCACAAGGAGACAUCAAAGAAUGUGGUCAAGGAUAUCGUUAUCAGGCAAUGGCAUGCUACGAUCAAAAUGGCAGACUCGUGGAAACGUCCAGAUGUAACAGCCAUGGUUACAUCGAAGAGGCCUGCAUCAUCCCCUGUCCCUCAGACUGCAAACUUAGUGAGUGGUCCAACUGGUCGCGCUGCAGUAAGUCCUGUGGGAGUGGCGUGAAGGUUCGGUCUAAAUGGCUGCGUGAAAAACCAUAUAAUGGAGGAAGGCCAUGCCCCAAACUGGACCAUGUCAACCAGGCACAGGUGUAUGAGGUUGUCCCUUGCCACAGUGACUGCAACCAGUACAUAUGGAUCACGGAGCCAUGGAGUGUCUGCAAGGUGACCUUUGUGAACAUGCGGGAGAAUUGUGGAGAGGGCGUGCAGACCCGAAAAGUGAGAUGCAUGCAGAACACAGCAGAUGGCCCUUCUGACCACGUAGAGGAUUACCUGUGUGACCCAGAGGAGAUGCCUCUGGGCUCUAGAGAGUGCAAAUUGCCAUGUCCAGAGGACUGUGUGAUAUCUGAAUGGGGUCCAUGGACCCGAUGCACUUUGCCUUGCAAUCAAAGCAAUUUCCGGCAAAGGUCAGCUGAACCCAUUAGACAACCUGCUGAUGAAGGAAGAUCCUGCCCUGAUGCCAUUGAGAAGGAACCCUGUAACUUGAACAAAAACUGCUUCCACUAUGAUUAUAAUGUAACAGACUGGAGUACAUGUCAGCUAAGUGAGAAGGCAGUUUGUGGAAAUGGCAUUAAAACAAGGAUGUUGGAUUGUGUUCGAAGUGAUGGCAAGUCAGUUGACCUGAAAUAUUGUGAAGAGCUUAGCCUGGAGAAGAACUGGCAAAUGAAUACCUCCUGCAUGGUGGAAUGCCCUGUGAACUGUCAGCUUUCCGACUGGUCUCCUUGGUCAGAAUGUUCUCAAACAUGUGGCCUCACAGGAAAAAUGAUCCGAAAAAGAACAGUGAACCAGCCCUUUCAGGGUGAUGGACGACCGUGCCCUGCCCUGAUGGAACAAUCCAAGCCUUGCCCAGUGAAACCCUGUUAUCAGUGGCAAUAUGGACAGUGGUCUCCAUGCCAAGUGCAGGAGGCGCAGUGUGGAGAAGGGACGAGAACAAGGAACAUUUCUUGUGUAGUGAGUGAAGGAUCAACUGAAGACUUCAGCAAAGUGGUGGAUGAAGAAUUCUGUACUGACAUUGAACCCAAUAUAGAUGGUAAUAAAAAAGUGGUCCUUGAGGAAACCUGCACCCAGCCUUGCCCAGGUGACUGUUACUUGAAGGACUGGUCUUCAUGGAGCUUGUGCCAGCUGACUUGUGUAAAUGGGGAGGACCUAGGCUUUGGUGGAAUACAGGUCCGUUCCAGAGCAGUGAUAAUACAAGAGCUAGAGAAUCAACAUCUAUGCCCAGAGCAAAUGUUAGAAACAAAAUCAUGUGAUGAUGGACAGUGUUAUGAGUACAAGUGGAUGGCCAGUGCUUGGAAAGGCUCCUCCCGAACAGUCUGGUGUCAAAGGUCAGAUGGUAUAAAUGUAACAGGGGGCUGCUUGGUGGUGCGCCAGCCUGAUGCUGACAGGUCUUGUAACCCACCGUGUAGUCAACCCCACUCGUACUGUAGCGAGACCAGGACAUGCAGUUGUGAAGAAGGAUACACUGAGGUCAUGUCUUCUAAUGGGACACUUGAGCAAUGCACACUCAUCCCCGUGGUGGUGAUACCCACCAUGGAGGACAAAAGAGGAGAUGUGAAAACCAGUCGGGCAGUACACCCAACCCAACCCUCCAGUAACCCAGCAGGACGGGGAAGGACCUGGUUUCUACAGCCAUUUGGGCCAGAUGGGAGACUAAAGACCUGGGUUUACGGUGUAGCAGCUGGGGCAUUUGUGUUACUCAUCUUUGUUGUCUCCAUGAUUUAUCUAGCAUGCAAAAAGCCAAAGAAACCCCAAAGAAGGCAAAACAACCGACUGAAACCUUUAACCUUAGCCUAUGAUGGAGAUGCAGACAUGUAAAAUAGUACUUAUCCCGACAACACCCAAUUUCAGCUUUUUGACUUUGCAGUAGAUGUCAAAAGACCACAAAGGUUUUCAAACGGCGUGGAUUAAAAUGCAUUGCAACUUUUUAAAAGAGUGUUAUAAAAAGAAGAGCAACAGUCACAGUGCUGUUGGAGAUAUUGACACAUACCACUUAUAUAGAGAUCAUCAGUGCUGAGAAUUCUAGGAAAUUUAGUUGAAUACAUGAUGCAUUCCGGAGUUGUAUGAUCUUUUCUGAAGUCUAUCCAACUGACAAUUCACUUUCAUCCCCCAAAAAUGGUGGUGAAAUUGUCUGGUUAGGAUGCCUGAUGCAAGCCUCUGUCUGCAGUGUUAACCCAUAAUAACAUUUAGCAUGUGGAGUUUAUACCAAGGUCUCUACGAUAAUAUAGUCAAACAUAACAACAUGUAUACUCAAUUGAAUGAUACACAUUAUUAUGUCAGAUUAUGUACUGGUUAAUAAGCAAUUUUAAUGGUGAGUCAUAGAAACUCUCAGCUGAGCAGAAAACCCAUUGAAUUAAUACAGCAACUUAGUGGUGGGUGGUAGCUUCUAUUGACCUGCAUUUCAGAGGCACAGACUUUUUUAAGACUUAAUUUUUGACUCUCUCCAAAGUAUGAAUGCUGGACAUGUACUAGUAUCUUAGAAGAGUGCUCAAGUUCAGUAUUUUAUAGUGGUUAUUGUCUGGAAAACUAAUAAUUUCCUUGUGUUAAUACAAUAUGUUUCUACUUUCCCUAAUUUUCAAACUGGUUGCCUGCCUCUUUUUUGCUAAAUGGAAGGCACAUUUUUGCACUAUAUUAGUGCAGCAUGAUAGGCACUUAACCAGUAUUGCCAUAAACUGCCUCUUUUCAUAUGGGAUGAAGACAUCUGUGCUAGCAGUGUCAUGGAGACAUUUACACGUUCUUGUAUCCUGAAGAGAGUAAAGUUCAGUUUGGAUGGCAACAGGAUGGAAUUAUCUAUUCUAUCUGCUGUAUACACUUUUCCUCAUCGCUGCAGCCAUUGUGAAAUUGACAACAUGGCGGUAAUUGAAGUGUUUUAAGUAACGAACUCAUUAACCCUCCAAAAGAUGGAUUCCUCUAGUUGGUUUUUAAUUGUACUUUGAAGGCUGUUUAUGAUGAGAUUUUUAUAUUUGUUAUCUUUGUUAAAAAAAGAAAAGAAAAGAAAAAAAGGAGCUGGUUGUUUUUUUUAAUUUUGAACAGAUGGAGAAAAUGUACCGAUAAUUUUUGUAACUAAGAGAAAUCAAAAUUGUGUGUUGAUUUUUCAUCCUGAUUUUUCCUAGUUUCAGAUUGAAUAUAUUUCAAAAUUCAUAGUUUGUCUUUCUCAUAAAGUUUGAAACAGUCUUUUUAAUGUAUGAUUUCAAAAACUCAAAUUUUAAAAAGGGAAGAAUAAGUAUUUUGUACAGGACUUCAUUUAAGUAUCUAGACGAAGGAUGGCAAGCUUUUUCUGAAGAGGGCCAGCAGAUAGUAAAUAUUUUCAGCCAGGACUAGGUUGUACCUUCUCUAUUCUAACAUUGUUAGAAUGCAGCCCUAAACAAUACACAAAGAAGGAACAUGGCUAUUUUCUAAUAAAUCAUCGUUUUUAACAAAACAGCAAGCCACAUUUGCUGACAGCUGGUUAUAGUUUUCUGACCCCUGGUCUGGAAGUUUUUUUCAUUGAUAACUCAUUGUCAGCUCUGAUUUUCAUUCAUUUACCCUUAGACUGUGAUCAGUGUUUAAUUUCAAAGGUGAAAAAGCAGUCACUAAUUUUGUCGCUGUACUGGAAGUAACUAUAUUUUUCACAAAAGUAACCCUGGAAAUGUCAAAGUGAAAAAGAAAUCUAACUUGGCAGACUUCUUUCAUAUGAAAAGAAAAUUCAAAUGGUGCAUUAAAAAGCAAUACCAUUUUUCAGGCAAUACGUACUGCAACAACCUUUGAGAGAAGGGAGGACACUAGGUCGCCAGGUCUUUUACAAACAGUGUAACGCUAUCUUAAGCAUAACUAUAAAAGUGGAUUGAACUGUAAGGCAAUUUAACUUCAUACUAGAGUUUGGACUCCCCCUGCUGUUCAUUAUAGUAUUUGCAAAGAUAACAAAAGACAUUAGGAUGUCAUAGUCCUCCCCCAAACAGAUUUCUACAUAUUUCACAAAGAAUUAAACGUGGUACUAAUUCCUCAGUGUUCAUUGUAGUAGACAAUAUAAAUCAUUUCAAAGUAAACAGGUGGUCAAAAAAGAUGAGAAUUUCACUUUAAACCAAAGGAUUUAAACAAGGGAAAGCAUAAAAACAAAUUCCAUUUCAUCUGUCAUUGAUGAGAAAGAUAAAAAUAAUAUUGACCCAAAAAUAUUGGUUGUCAAUAUACACACUCAGGGGUCUUCUACAUAAUCCUCAAGUUGAUCUUUUUGAACAAAAUAAACUCCAUUUGCCAAAAUGAGAAAUAAUCUACUGUAGCUACUUGAAGAAAUCAACAGCCUUAUGAAAUUCAUGUUCAAAAUUAUUGAACAGAAUAAACUAUUGUUACUACUAAGGCUAGACCUAUGAUACUGUAAAAAUGGCAUUAAUUUAGAAUGUGGAUCAGUAUCACUCUACCUAUAUUUGUCAGAAUUAAAUUAAUGAAUAGGUAGAAACUAUGUUUUGAAAUUACACAAUUUCAUUUGAAAAUUGAUUACACAUAUAACACUGUAUAUCUGGAGGAGACACAGUUUAAUGUGAGCUGACAUGAGGGAAAAUAUUGCAAAUUCAUUGUUAGGAUAAGCAUUGAAUGGCCUCUUGUUAGUUGGAAGGAAGGGACUGUAGCUUGCUGGAGUCCUAUAACCUACAAAUGAAGGAUACUGUAUUCAUGUUAUAACAUAAUAAUGGCCUUAUUCUCGUUGCUGGCAUGAGUCAAUAAUAAGUUGAAAACUUUACUGGAAUUUCAUCAAAACUUUAUUCCUCCUAUUCAUACUAAGAAUUGAGGCAGGGAAUAUAGUCAACUAGUCUGUUGACACUUUUGCCUUACUGAAAUAGUCUGUCAGUCCACAAAAACUAAAAACUGCUUAAGGUCUGAUUUUCAAAAAAGAAAAAAAAAUACCAACAAUGUGUUAUACUAUGUUACCAACACUGUUUCACUAUAAACCACAUAGAUGUGACAUACCUAACCUCCUGAAAAGUGUUGAUUUGAUUAUUCAUUGAUACCUACUCUAGGAUAUGACCAUAAUCCUUAUUUCAAAGCCUUUUCGAGGCCAGUAUGUAUAACUAAAGCUAGUUGAGAAGGAGUGCAUAAAAGCAUGUUCUUAUUUAUAACAAAGCACAAAUUACUAACAGACAUUUGUUAAAUUAUCACAUAAAAUACUCUGCCAGGCACUGUAAAAAAAAUAAUAAUGGUUUAAGUUUACAAAUGUAACUAAGACAUUCAAAAGAAGGAAAACUUGUUUAAUAAGUAAAAAUAUCACUUAAAUAUCCUUUCCUUUACUAUAGAUUUGUUUUUUAAUGUGGUUCAUAUUUUUCCUUAUAUAACAGAAAUGCCUCAGGCCCUGCUGAUAGCCUUCUAUUGCAUCCGUCCUCCACCUUCAGUGGCAGUGGUCAUUGUGACUUAAUCAAAAUUCUCUUAAGUUCCUGGACAUUGUCAUUUAUUUAGUUUCUUACAGGAAGCCAGCAACACCUUUCACAAACUUUUUCACCUCCUCUAAAUUGCCUCUUGAUAAUUUUUGCUUCCUGAUCUCUGUCUACUCUACUCUCCUAUCAACAACUGAUCUUGUCUGUUUCCCUCAGAACUUUCUGCUAAACAUGCUCAAAUUUUAAAGAAAAAGAGGUGAAACCUGUAUUUCUUUCGUAUUGAAGUCAAAGUGUCACUUAGAGUGUAAACAUUUGAUUUGAACAGAAUGUACUAGUCAAAGACAUGAAUAAAAAGGUAAGAAAACAUAUGGAAGACUGCCUCUACCAAAAAUAAUACCUAUUCUCUAAAAAGGCAAUUCCUAUGCUCAUAUGAGUACUGCCCAGUCAGUACACACCUACUCCUCCCAUCUCUAUCCUGCCUCUUAGUCCAUGCCCCACCCUAAAAGACUGGGAGGGAGACCUGUACCUUGCAAUACUGUAAACAAAGGAGUUUUGUGCUUAGGCUAAUUUGAGGUCUGAAUAGAUUUGCAAAAAUCAUUCUUUGCAGAUGAUCUGAGAUCUCACUAUUUGGAAAAGUGAAUUUUAACCCAUUUCUUGCUCUGUCUCCCUCCAAAAAAUGAGGGUACUGAAAGGAGAGCGGUCCAUGAACAAAUCUAUGAGGAACCUUGUCAGAGAAUGAUCUUCUGAUUCUAGUUUAGACGUAAGAACUGAAACAUCUUUCUGUCCCACCUGGUCCUAUCCUCUGCCAUGACACCUGAAUGUGGAGGAUGGACCUAGCAAGGAGUUACUUUUUAUAAAAAGGAUGUUUUGCAGUGUGAUUUGGUAAUUCUAUAUCUAGUAGGGACACUGAAAAUGGUUAUAUCUACAUUAAAUAGGUAAAACAAAUGCUAAAUGAAGUUAAUUUUGUAGUUUUACUACUUUUUUUUUUUCAUGCUUCUACUAAGCCAGAUCUUGGAAUGGUCAGUAUAGGAAGUUUUUCAGUUUGUGAAAUUUUAGUUUGUGUGAGUCAUUGUUUUCAGAUUUCAAAAAUCUCCGGUCAGUUAGAAUACAGCUGGGUGUCCGUCUUAUUGUUGCGUUUUGAAGUUGUUUUUUAAGCAGUGGUUUCUAGAUCGCCUACUUUGAACUAUCAAUGCACUUCUCCCAACUCUUUUUCAGGAAUCUGUUUAUUUUUAAAAGUAUUAGAUUCCCUUUCUGAUACUUGUUCCUGCUUAUGUCUAGCAAAGAAAUUUGAAGAGAUCAGUAUCUGUCAUUGUAAAAUGUAAAUUGAUUAAAUUUGCAAUCUGUCUUUCUAUAAAUUAUAAUCCCCUAAAUGUGUUUUUGUUAAUUUAAUUACCUGAAUAUUUAUUUUGUUUAAAUAAGAAGGCAGC